AUGGCAAAGCGCCUCGAGGGCAAGACGAUCGUCGUGACCGGCGCCUCAUCCGGCAUUGGUCGAAGCACAGCCAUGGAGUUUGCGCGGACAGCUCCCAAGGACCUAAAGAUUAUUGUCACAGCGAGGCGCAUCGAUGCCCUUGAGGAGCUGGCGAAGGAAAUCAAGGAAGAGGUUGGCGACGGUGUCAAGGUCCAUCCUGUAAAGCUAGAUGUCAGCAACCCGGAGGAGAUCAAGAACUUUGUCCCAUCUCUUCCUACAGAGUUCCAAGAGAUUGACGUCCUGGUUAACAACGCUGGUCUUGUUAAGGGCGUUGCUCAAGCUCCCAACAUCGACCCUGAAGACAUCAACGUCAUGUUCGCCACCAACGUUACCGGAUUGAUCAACAUGACCCAGGCUGUCCUCCCUAUCUUCAAGAAGCGCAGCGAUGGUGGCCGCGGAGACAUCAUCAACAUCGGAAGCAUUGCCGGUCGUGAGCCCUACCCCGGUGGCAGCAUAUACUGCUCUACCAAGGCUGCCGUCAAGUCUUUCACCGAGGCUUUGAGGAAGGAGCUCAUCUCUACCCGCAUUCGUAUCAUUGAAAUCGAUCCCGGUCAGGUUGAGACUGAGUUCUCCGUUGUUCGGUUCUACGGAGACAAGAGCAAGGCCGACGCUGUCUAUGCUAACUGCGAGCCACUCACACCUGAUGACAUCGCCGAAGUCAUCGUCUUCGCCGCUGGCCGGAGGGAGAACGUUGUGAUUGCUGAUACUCUGAUCUUCCCCAGCCACCAGGCGUCUCCCGGCCAUCUGUACAAGAAGCCUUGA